AAUCGGGCGUCCGAUGUGCGCAGCUCUCCACGUUUAACGCCGCAGCCAGCGGCCAAAGCAGCGCAGCAGCCCGCCUGAAGCCGCCUGUUUAAUGCGCAGAGACGGCACUGCCUGUUAUGUACUAUCCGCAAAUGUAAUGAUCGCGUGAGGGAGGCUCGGUGCGCGCUGGCCGGCGCCUUGGUGGGGGCUCUGCGCGAGGGAGCGCACGCAUCAGUCUCACACGCCUCUUCCUCUGCUUACUGCCUUCUCCUCCUCAUCCCGCAUGUUCUCCUAGUGCGCAUCGGACUGCUGUUUUGUGUGGCUGGUGUCAAACUGGACAACAUUUAGGAGAGGAAGAAAUCCUUUAGGAACCUGCUGGAUGUAUAUGCAGUGCCGUCUGCCUUUUCGCGCUGCCUCCAUGGAUCUGACUCCGAAUCGAGUGGAUUUAUCAGGGGAAUCGAAAUUUUAACUUGCGUAAAAUCUUUUAAAAACUAGCCUGCGACGUCUUAAUAACCUACGGACAAUAACGCGAUGAUCUUCCUAACUUUAUCCAUCUUGUUGCCUGUGUUGGAAGUACUGCUGUCUGCAGAGGAAAGCGUCUUCUCCCGGUCGAACCGGCUGGACUGUGUCAGAGCCAGCGAUCUGUGCCUGAGGGAGCCGGCGUGCAGCUCCAAGUACCGGACAAUGAGGCAGUGCGUCGCUGGGAAGGAGGGCAACUUCAGCGUGGUAGCGGGACUGGAGGCGCAGGACGAAUGUCGCAGCGCCAUGGAGGCCCUGAAGCAAAGCCCCCUGUACAACUGCAGGUGCAAAAGGGGCAUGAAGAAGGAGAAGAACUGCUUGCGCAUUUAUUGGGGCUUCUAUCAGAGUUUACAGGGAAACGACUUCUUGGAGGACUCCCCAUAUGAGCCCAUGAACAGCCGCCUCUCUGAUAUCUUUCGCCUGGCUCCCAUCAUCUCAGGCGAGCCAGCCGUGACCAAGGAGAACAACUGCCUGAAUGCAGCCAAGGCUUGCAACCUGAACGACACCUGCAAGAAGUACCGCUCGGCCUACAUCAGUCCCUGCACCAGCCGCGUCUCCACCGCAGAGGUGUGCAACCGCCGCAAGUGCCACAAGGCCCUGCGCCAGUUCUUCGACAAGGUGCCACCCAAGUACAGCUAUAGCAUGCUGUUCUGCCCGUGCCCAAGCGCGCCCCACUCAGCCUGCCUGGAGCGACGCCGCCAGACCAUCGUGCCCGUAUGCUCCUACGAGGACCGCGAGAAGCCCAACUGCCUGUCACUGCAGGAAAGCUGCAAGAGCAACUACAUCUGCAGGUCGCGGCUCGCUGACUUCUUUGCCAACUGCCAGCCGGAGCCACGUUCCCUGUCCGGCUGCUUGAAGGAGAACUAUGGAGACUGUCUGCUCUCCUACUCCGGCCUCAUCGGUACGAUGAUGACGCCCAACUACCUGCGAUCGUCGCAUCUCAGCGUGUCUCCCUGGUGCGACUGCAGCAGCAGCGGGAACAGCAAGGAGGAGUGUGACAGAUUCACAGCAUUUUUCACAGACAACCACUGCCUGAGGAGCGCCAUCCAGGCAUUCGGCAACGGGACGGACGUGGGGGUGUGGCAGCCCGUUCCCCCAGUUCACAGCUCGACAGCGGCUGCCUCGCCAUCGCAGAGGGCCAGGGAGCGCUCUCCCAAUGACCUGGACCUCAGCGUAUUCACCCACCGGCCCGACACCGUCCACGGCUCCGUUUACCAUUUCUGUGGGAACCUGCAGGCCCAGAAGCUGAGGUCGAACAACACUACUGACCCAGUGCUGUGCAUGGAUGGAGACAUUGUGGAUGCCAUCUUCCGGAGCCGCUCUGCCCCCCACGCCGGCCUGCACAUGGGGGAACUCUUGCUGUUGCUCCUGGUGAUGGCGCUAUUGCUCCCACUCUCCUAGCUGCUGGGGGGCGCUGGGCCAGAUCGCCUGUACAAAGAAGCCCCCCCCCUCCCCGCCCCCCCCAUGCAGUUUGUUAACCCGCAUUGUCAUGCUUUCUGACAUGAGGCCGCAUUGAGUCUCUGCUCCAGAGCAGCAGCAUAAGUGUGAAAUGGGGGUUGGUGGGGGGGGGG